AUGGAAACCGACUCCGAGCGCAGUGCAGAGUUAAAGGAAACGUCAACAAUUAAGGACGGAGGACCCGAGCAAGCAAAAGUACCGGAGGAAGGUCUCAAAGCAUGGCUUUGUGUACUUGGGGGAUUUUUCUGCCAGUUUUGCUCAUUCGGAUUUCUAAACGCGUGUGGUAUUUUCCAGUUAUACUACGAGGAACACACUCUUUCCAACUAUGCCCAGUCAACUAUAUCAUGGGUCAUCACGGUGCAGAUCUUCCUCAUGUUUUCUCUCGGGUUGAUUAAUGGCGUUCUGGUGGACAUCGUGGGCCCGCGUAAAGUGCUUCUCCCUGCGUCUUUCUUCGCUCUGCUGGGAAUUUUCAUGUUGAGCUUGAGCACGAAAUUCUGGCACAUCAUGUUGACGCAGGGGAUUGUAUACGGACUUGGUGCUUCUGGGCUAUUUUUGCCGCCCAUGAUUUGUGUUGGUCGAUGGUUCACGAAACGUCGAGGAUUGGCUACUGGUAUCGUGGCUAGUGGUAGUAGUGUUGGUGGUGUGAUAUUCCCAAUUAUGGUAUCUCGUCUCAUAGAACAAGUCGGAUUUCCAAGUGCGCUUCGUUACAUCGGUCUUUUGAUGGCUAUCUGCCUCAUCAUCGCGAAUCUCUGUGUCUCCUCGCCCUUUCCUCCAGAGGGUCGCGCGAAACGCAAAUCCGCUGGUAUCGAGGCAUUCAAAGAUACCCCGUUUCUACUAUUCUGCGCCGGGUGUUUCUUCAUGCUCUGGGGUCUAUUCGCUCCGUUCAACUACCUACCGACAAUGGGCGUUUCCACAGGAAUGUCGCAAAACAUGGCGGUUUACACCAUCUCAAUUAUCAAUGCUGCCUCAGUCUUUGGCAGAAUUCUCCCAGGCUUCGUCGCAGACCGUAUUGGCCAUCUCAACGUCAUGGUUUUCAUUGCCUUCUUGUCCGGCCUUUCAAUUCUGGUCUAUUGGCUACCCGUCACUUUUUACCCGUCCACUGGUGCUAUUAUCGGAUUUGCCGUCCUGUACGGGCUAGCGAGUGGUGGAUUCGUCAGUCUGAUGACCCCGUGCGUGGUCGUGUUGUGCGAUGGUAAAGUCGAGGAAUUGGGGCCUAAGCUGGGUGCUUUCAUGUUCAUCAUUGCUAUUGCGGCUCUGACUGGAUUACCCAUGCUUGGAGCAAUCGCGGACUCUGCCUCGAUUGGGUAUAAAGGCCUGGUUGCAUUUGCCGGUGCUGUAAUGACAUUUGGCGGCGUUCUCGUCACGUUAACAAGGAUGAAGAAGGGCGGUCUCCGAAUGGCGAAGGUGUAA